AUGGACUUGCUAGAAGGCCUUAAGACCCUGAAAGUUGAAAAUGAGAUUCAAGAGGAAGAGGAGGCCUGGCUGUUUCUGAAGGACCGAUCUCGGGGUCUGAUGAUCGAAGCUUGUGCUCACGCGGCGUUCUUCUGCAAGCUGUUCAGCAUCUUGAGUCAAUCGUUGCAAGAGAAUAAAAGCUCUGGAAGUUCACCUGUGUCCUCUGAGAAAGUCAAUGUGGGCAUCAUCGGAGGUGGCCACCUCGGGAAGCAGCUGGCUCGUGUACUGCUUCAGCUUGUCCCCGUCCCCACUGACAGCCUGCGGAUCUCCACACGGAGGCCAGAGGUCCUGGGAGAGUUCCAGGAAUUGGGAAUCCAAUGCUUUUACCAAAACACUCACCUGGUAACUUGGGCCAAUGUUGUAUUCCUCUGCUGCCUACCAGCCCAGCUGCCCAGUAUCUGUGUAGAAAUUCAAAGACAACUUACGAAAACCUGCGUUGUGUACAGCUUGGUAACUGCCAUCCCUGUACCCAGGCUGAAGUUACUGCUGAACCACACCAGUAUCUUGCGGCCUCACUAUCAGUGUGUUAAGAAGUCAGAUAACAUCUGGGGGGCUAAUAUGGAAAUCACAGCGGCUCUCCAAGAUCCUGCGAUUCUUCGGGCCACUUGCCCCUACAGUCCUGCUGGGGGCAUAAUGCUCGAUAUCAAGUGGCUGGAGGGUGUGUUGUAUGCCGCCCUCAACUUCUGCACAGCACGGGACGUGCCCCACCCACGCGUGCUGAAGGUGCUGAGCGAGCAGCUUCUCUCUGUGCACUCUGAAGGCUGCAGCGAAGACAGAACUUCUUGCCCCAAAUUUCAGUUGACAGAUUUUGUCAACAAGACCUAUGCUGACAACCUGCCUCUCAGAAGGCCUUUCCCUUGGUUCGAUCUGACUGCUGUGCAGCUCAAGGAGACUCCCUUCAGCCAGCAUCUGUCAAAGAGUCCCUCUCUCCAGGACCACCUGACUAAUUUUUACUGCCACUCACUUAGCAUUUCUCUAACUGGAAAAGACCAACCAGUGCUUUCUGUUGACUUUCCUUUCCAGUAA